AGUACUGGGAGAGAUGUCCUACACUAUGGGGAAGUGUAGCAGAUUGGGAUCUUCAUUUUAUCAAUGAAAUGCCCGGUUCGUCAUGCGAGGAUGCACAUAAAACACUGGCGAGUGAACUUGAAAUACUUCUUAAGCACUUUACUAAGGAUAGUCCUGAAUGGUUUAAAGCGAAAUCUAUCAGGAAACAAUUAAAGGUCUUGGGUAGCAUGUUAUGGUCUGGAUCUAUAGGUCCCACUAUGCCAUUGGGUAGCAUGUUAUGGUCUGGACUUAAAGGUCUCACUAUGCCAUGUGUGACUACGCAAUCACUAAAAAAGACAAAAUAUAUAGUGGUCUCGUCGAUUUGGAAGGAGCAUCAAGAAGGAUUAUUGAAAGCUACUGUCGAAAAUAAGAUCAAUGAAAAUAUUAAUAAGCGUAAAAUCGAAAAUAUAGCAAGGAAUGCUACAAGUGCGACAGCAGAAGCUUAUUACGCAACGAGUGAUUACGAGAUCCCCAAACGUUCCCGAACAGAUCAUAAAAACUUGGGUGAUUGCGAACAGUUUCAACAGCCACGAUCUCCAGAACGACAUAUUACGCCAGAAGUUGAAGAAAAAGAGUGUUCUCUUUAUGAUACUUUUCCAGUUCACAUUCAUAAACGACCUGAACCAAAUCCCUUUCUAGUUGGAAAUAAGCGUGAACAUGAUAUAGACGAAGAGGAUGAUGAAUUUAAUGCAGAUUUAACUAUUGUCGGUGGAAAGAGUAUUGAUUGGAUCAUUAGUGGAAUUAAUAUCCGGGAAAAGUUGACCAAAUAUCAGCUUGAUGUAAAUCUAUUUAAAACCCAUCCAGAAUACUACGACAUUAUUUUCUUCAAUUUAAAUGACGAAGACGGUUUCCUAGGAACGUUAGACACAAGUAUUGUUGCGCAGAUGCGUGAAGAAAUAAGGAGGCCAGAAAAGACUAAAGAAAAUCUUAAUUGUCGAAACGCUGAAAAAAUUGAUUCAUUUGAAAAAAGGUUCGCGUUACAUUUUGUGAGCCAUAUGAUGGAAUUAAUGGAUGACGUGAAUUUGUUUAACGAUUCCAUGUCCGAGGGAACCUAUAUCGUAAACGUUCUAACACCCAUUCUUGGCUACUUCUUUAACAAAAAGAAAAAAGAUUGGCUUGUCUCAUAUGGAGAAACUUGCCUCAAGGCAUGUGCGAAAGACGUUAAUUCCAAUAAGAAAGAUGAUGAACGCCGAUCUCCAGGAAAAAGGAUUGAUACAAUUAUUAGUAUGAGAGAAGAAAAUAAAGAGAUCUCAGUAACCGAAGUCAGCGGACCCCCAAUGAAAAAUGAUUGGGCGCACUUCAAGAGUGAUCGUAUGAAGAUAAUGAAGAUGUUGAAAACUCUAAUAAAUCAAUAUGCCGAACUCAAUCCAAGCUCAGACAUAACAUUAAUCAAAUUAUAUGGGUUACAAGUCUAUUUAAAUGAGUUGACCAUUUACGAAUUCCAAUUAAAAUAUACGGAGAUUUACACUGCAGAGGCGAUAUUAACAUUUCCCCUACCUAAAACAUGGGCAGAUAUGGCGAAGGCUGAUAAUGCUGUAAUUAGCUUGUUGCAUUAUGAGCGCCUUUUAUCUGAAAGCUCAAGAUCUGUACGAGAUUUUUUAUGGGUCAAUGAUUAUAAGGUUGAAUCUAUUAAGAUGACAACACGAAUGAUACACUCUCCUGAAAGCAUUGAGAAAGCCAAAAAUACUAAAAAUACCAGCAAAACGAAGAAAACGAAUAAAGCACGAGUCAAUUGA